GAAAAAUAAAGGAGAAAAUUCCAUUUCCAAUACUUAUUUCCUAGGUGCGAAUUUUUCUCUCUCUAGCCUGCCCUUCUGCUGAGGAUUCUCCUCUCAAUCCGAGUGACACAACCCAAACAAUAGGCGAGCUCGUUGUUGCUGGUGGCGACUCUGAUCGAUUCUCCGAUCCCCUUUUUUCAUCGGCAUCCUCGAUUAUGUUUCUUGUCGACUGGUUCUAUGGCGUCUUGGCCUCCCUUGGUCUCUGGCAGAAAGAGGCCAAGAUCCUGUUUCUUGGCCUCGAUAAUGCCGGAAAGACCACCUUGCUCCAUAUGUUGAAAGAUGAGAGGUUAGUACAACAUCAGCCAACACAGUAUCCUACAUCAGAGGAGUUGAGCAUCGGGAAGAUUAAGUUUAAGGCGUUUGAUUUAGGAGGCCACCAGAUUGCUCGUAGAGUUUGGAAGGACUACUAUGCUAAGGUCGAUGCCGUGGUAUACUUGGUGGAUGCCUAUGAUAAGGAGAGAUUUGCAGAAUCCAAAAAAGAACUUGAUGCCCUCCUUUCAGACGAAUCACUUGCAAACGUCCCAUUUCUCGUGUUGGGGAACAAGAUCGACAUACCCUAUGCUGCCUCAGAGGAUGAAUUGCGAUACCACCUCGGCCUAACGAACUUCACCACUGGAAAGGGGAAGGUAAACCUAGCAGACACCAACGUUCGCCCGUUGGAGGUGUUCAUGUGCAGCAUCGUCCGCAAAAUGGGGUAUGGUGAUGGCUUCAAGUGGCUUUCUCAAUAUAUCAAGUAGAUGAUAGAGUCUCCUUAUGCAUUACAGGUCAUGAUUGCCAUGGCACACUCCAUACUAGCCAGAAGAUGCAUUAAGUGCACAUGUACUGUUGGGUUCCAUGUGGGAUGGAGGUUGAUACCUCUUAUCACCUGUCUGUAAAAUUUGUGUAUCAAUAGUUUGUUUAUUGGCCAUUCCAUCAGAUUGGUAUAUGUAUGCAUUUCUUUUCUAGAUUCAGCCGGCAGGAUUUUCCUUUUUCUAGAAAAUGUAAGACCUGAAGCAAUACAGCCUAUAUCGUUUGUUUUGGGUAUAAAAUAUUUGGUUUUUGAAUGUGUAAGCCAGGAGGAUCUGCACAA